GCCCCUUCAUCCAGACGACAGUGCAGCUGCAGGCGAAUGGCGUCCAGGAGAGCGUCAAGUUCAGCACCAACGUGCCGGCAGCGCAAGCCAGUGGCACCACCGUGUGCUCCGACCUCACCUCCAGCUCCGGCCUCCGCGGCGACACCAAGAUCAGCGUUCAGUGGAGCUCCUACGGUCUUCAAGGGGCCGGCAUUGGCAUGUGCAAAAGCGUUUCGUUUUACACCAACCCCGGCUGCACGGACAAGCCUGGCCUCACGAUCCCGCGUCCUGCGAAGGAUGGUGAUUCCUACCACAACACAGACAGGACUGUCAAAGCGAUGGAUUUGCCGGGAUCAGUUGGCUGUGAGAUCACCACGUGUCACAAGGACUGCGGAUCUGCUGGGUGCGUUGUGAAGGACGGCACGCCCCAGUGCCAGUGCCCCUGGGGCCUCGUGUUCAAUGAGGCUCAGAAGAUCUGCAGCGAUAAGAAUUUCAGUCCUGCUAACAACCCCUGCAAGACGGGCACACUGAAGUGCGAAAUGAACUCCAUGUGCGUUGUGAAGAACGGGCAGGGGAUGUGCCAGUGCAACAACGGCUACACCAAGGCGAACGGCCUCUGCACUGCCAUGUGCAAGCCGGCCUGCCCUGCUAAUGCACAGUGCUCGGUGGUGGGAGGAAAGGCGCAGUGCCAGUGCAAGGCGGGUUACAAAAUGGACAAGAGCAAGAGGCAGUGCAAAGCCGCAUGUUCAUCUGCCUGCCCUGCUAAUGCCCAGUGCAAGAUGGUGCAAGGAACGGCACAGUGCCAGUGCAAGACGGGAUUCAAAAUGGAUAACGGCAGGAACAAGUGCACACCCGCAUGUUCAUCUGCCUGCCCUGCUAAUGCCCAGUGCAAGGUGGUGCAAGGAAGGGCGCAGUGCCAGUGCAAGCAGGGGUUCAAGAUGGACACGAGCAAGAACAAGUGCACAAUGCAAGGUGGUGCAAGGAACGGCGCAGUGCCAGUGCAAGCAGGGGUUCAAAAUGGACACGAGCAAGAACAUGUGCACACGUAA